AUGACAGAAGAAGCCGUUGAAGGAGACGUAAAAAAUGUUCUUGUUUAUGAGCGUCGGAAAGAUGUGUUUUAUCCGUGGCUUUGUACUGCGACUUUACUUGAAUUUGUCUACGUGAAGCAACCGGUAGUUGUGGACGGUAAUCUGAAUUGUUGCGUAAUUGGUGGUUUUAUUGUUGGUGUUAUUCAUGUAUUCGUGAAAAUUGUCUCGAUGGCAAUAUUAGUACAGGAGUGGUUGAAAGUUGAUGCGAAAAAUUUCUCAGGCCAAUUUAAUCAACAGUUUUAUCGCAUGGCUUUGGCCACUUGUGUAAAAAUUGUGUGA